GUGUUCGUUAUGUAUUCAAGUGCCAACUUAGCUGAUGACACCUCUACCUCAAGUCUGCAGUAAUACUUCUGAUAGUUUUACACAAGUUUGUCCUACCUCUUCAAGGCUUAAAGUUAUUUGACCAAUUUUAUCUACUCUCCAUUGUUAACCGUCUUUGGUAUUGAAUCGUGCAACACUCAAGAAUAUUUAUUUUCGGUUUUCAGAGUACUCUCCGUUUUUAAUUGAUUAGAGUGGAAUGAACUUUUGGAAGAUGGCUUGGAACAAGUGGUCAUGCUGUCAACGUGGCGAUGUUGCUCUCGAGCCAUCCCACAACCGAAGUCCAAUGAGCAGUCAAACUGGGUGGAAAUCUAUGAAAAGACUGUUGAAGUAUUAGCUCCUGAAGUGAACAAGCUGCUUAAUUUCAUGUAUUUUCAGUUCCGUGCAAAAACUGGUGAUGGUGCCCAUAUUGCACAACUGUGUGAUGUUUUAUUUAUUUAGUAUGAAUUGGUACAAUUGAAACAAUGAAAAUUGUUAUAGUA